CUUAUGAAGCUCUGGUUUAAACCUCUGCUAAACCCAGAGUGUGACCAGGUCCCCAAAAUGCCAUUCCCAAACCUCCAAAUUUACCGUUCAUUCUCCAGGCUCUCCUCACCCAACGACGCCCACUUAGCAGACAAAGCCCUAACGUUCCUUAGACGUCACCCAUACCAGCUAAACUCUCUAUCUUCCGAUUUCACCUCUGAAGCCGCAUUGAUUUUACUCCUAAGAACUCAGUCCGACCAAACCCUAACCCUAAACUUCCUGAAAUGGGCUCAGCCCCAACCCUUCUUCACCCCCAAGUUGAAAUGCCUAACCCUCCACAUUUUAACCAAAUUCAAGCUCUACAAAUCCGCCCAAACCCUGGCCCAGAGUCUUGCUGUCAGCUUAACCAACGAUGAAGGCAGUAUCGUCUUUUCGUGCCUCAAAGACACGUACCACCUCUGUGAUUCGAGCUCAAGCUCGGCGGUUUUUGAUUUAGUGGUGAAAUCUUACGCUAGUUUACACAUGAUCGAUAAAGCUUUAAACAUUGUUAAUUUAGCUAAGUUAAAUGGUUUUAUGCCUGGUGUUUUGUCUUAUAACGCAAUUUUGGAUUCAAUAAUUAGGACUAGAGGUGAUAAUUGGGUUAAAUUUUCUGAGAAGGUGUAUGAUGAAAUGAUUAGAAGCAAAAUUUCACCAAAUGUGUUUACUUACAAUAUAUUGAUAAGGGGAUUUUGUAUGGAGGGGAAUUUAGACAUGGGGUUGCGGCUCUUUAGUCAAAUGGAGAAGAAUGAGUGUUUAGCUAAUGUGGUUACUUAUAAUACUUUGAUUGAUGGAUAUUGUAAGCUGAGGAGGAUUGAUGACGCGUAUAAGUUGUUGAAAACGUUGUCUUUGAAAGGUAUUGAGCCGAAUUUGAUUUCUUAUAAUGUGAUCAUUAAUGGGUUGUGUAGAGAAGGGAGGCUAAAGGAGACGAGUGAGAUUUUAAAGGAGAUGAGUCGGAAGGGGUUUGUUCCAGAUGAGGUGACUUAUAAUACACUGGUGAAUGGAUACUGUAAGGAGGGGAACUUUCAUCAAGCACUUGUUUUGCAUGCGGAGAUGAUGAAGAAUGGGUUGCGUCCAAAUGUGGUUACUUAUACGUCGUUGAUCAAUAGUAUGUGUAAGGCAGGAAAUCUGAAUAGGGCAUUGGAAUUUUUUGAUCAGAUGCGUGUUAGAGGGCUUCAUCCAAACCAAAGGACAUAUACAACGUUGAUAGAUGGGUUUUCACAGCAGGGAUUCUUGAAUGAAGCUUACCGCCUCCUGAAUGAAAUGACUGAGAAUGGUUUUGUGCCUUCAAUAGUGACUUAUAAUGCUCUUAUAAAUGGACAUUGUAUUUUGGGAAGGGUUGAAGAGGCUCUUGGAGUGAUUCAGGGUAUGGUUGAGAAAGGGUUGACACCAGAUGUUGUAAGUUACUGUACAAUUAUAUCUGGAUUUUGUAGAAACCAGGAAUGGGACAAGGCAUUUGAAAUGAAGCAGCAGAUGGUUGAGAAGGGUGUUCCACUGGACGCCAUUACUUACUCUACACUCAUUCAAGGUCUGUGUGAUAAAAGGAGACUGGUUGAAGCUUGCAACCUUUUCCAAGAGAUGUUGAAUAGUGGUCUGGCCCCUGAUGAAAUUACUUAUACAACCUUGAUCAAUGCUUAUUGCACAGAAGGAGAUAUAAGUAAGGCUUUUCAUUUGCAUGAUGAAAUGAUUCAGAAGGGAUUCCUUCCUGAUGUUGUUACCUACAGCGUGCUUAUUAAUGGACUCAAUAAACGGGCUCGGACAAAAGAAGCAAAGAGGCUUCUGCUCAAGUUGUUCUAUGAUGAAUCUGUCCCAACUGAUGUUACUUAUAAUACUCUGAUAGAGAAUUGUAGUAAUAUUGAAUUUAAAAGCGUGGUGGCCCUUUUAAAGGGAUUCUGUAUGAAAGGUUUAAUGAAUGAAGCUGAUCAAGUUUUUGAGUCAAUGCUCCAGAGGAACCACAAGCCUAAUGAAGCCGUUUACGAUAUUAUUAUUCAUGGUCAUAGUAGCGGCGGAAAUGUACAGAAGGGAUAUGAACUGUACAAGGAAAUGGUGCAUUCUGGUUUUGUUCCUCAUACUGUGACCAUUAUUGCUCUAGUGAAAGCUUUAUUCAUGGCGGCUAUGAAUGAGGAGUUGAGCCUAGUUGUAGGGAAUACACUGAGAAGCUGUAGGCUUACUGAUGCUGAACUUGCAAAAGUGCUUGUUGAAAUCAACCACAAAGAAGGUAACAUGGAUGCAGUUCUCAAUGUGCUAACUGAAAUGGCCAAGGAUGGCCUCCUUCCAAAUAGCGGAAGAAGCACUAACCGUGGGGAAUAAAGUAUAUGUCAUGAUCGUUCAUUUUUCUUGGUGAUGAUGCCAGAACCCUCGCAAGUUUUGUGGAGUUUCGGAUUUAUGACUGCAUGUCCCUGCUCUUGCCAGCAAUUUCC